AUGCAAAACCUCGCUGGAAAACACAUCCGGACCUGUCACCGGCAGCCCUUACGGUUAGAAACUUCUCCAACUUUCUCUUUUUAUACAUAUUUAUUCAUUUUUCUCAGUUUUCUCCCUUUUCUGUAUCGCGCGCCGCGCAUGAACACCAUUUUAUCAAUAGCAUUACGGCCACAACACCGUUUUAUCCCAAUGCUCUUAAAGAUGAUAACAACACAAACAAACUCUCUCCAAAUCCCUAGCACCACCACCAAAACCAAUCCAAACAACAACAACACUAUUUCAGAAAUUUCAAAAACCAAUAACCAGUUUGUGAAAUCGAAUUUCUCCGAUUUAAUCACUCUCGGCGGUUUCCUCCGGUCCUCGAAACAAGUUCGUCACGACUCGCUUGUCUUCAAUCGAAUGAUCCCAGUGCUCGGCCGCCUCAUCAACCAUUACGAAUCCCCCCAAACGAUUCUCUCCGAGUUAGAGUCAAUUGGUUGUAUAAAUCUCUCUAACACAAACAAAAGCCCUAAUCCUUUGUUACUCUUGUUGAGGAUUUUCUCUCGUGCAGGUAAUCACGCGAUGGUUAUUGAAACUUGUCAGCACAUGGUAGAAUUUCAUGGUUUUGCGAUUUUUCGGAAUACAUUUGCUUCGAAUUUAGUUAUGGAGUCUAUGUUUAAAACUUCUCAACCUGAACGCGCUUUUUAUAUCAUGGAGAAUACGAAAUUCCCUAAUUUUCUCACUUUCAACAUUGCACUUUUCCACCUUUCCAAUUUAAAUGACAUUACCAGUGUUUGGUAUGUUCUUAGACACAUGUUGAGAUUGCGUUAUCAUCCUAAUCAUGCUACUUUUAGUGCAGUUCUGAAUUCGUUUUGUAAAAUGAAUGCAUUUCGGCAAGUUUAUCAGAUUUUGGGUCUAAUGGUUGGUCUAGAGAUUGACUUUUCUGUUAAUGUUUGGACUGUACUCAUUCAUAGGUUCUGCAAAUUGCGUAGGCUUGAUGUUGCUUCCAAUUUGUUGUACAAAAUGAUUCGAAGUGGUUGUUCUCCUAAUGUUGUCACAUAUACCGCUUUAAUUAAGGCAUUUAUGGAAUCCAACAUGGUGAUUCAUGCCUUACAUUUGUUUAAUGACAUGGUUUCUGCUGGCCUAGAUCCCGAUUUAGUUCUUUAUAAUGUGUUAAUUGAUUGUCUUUUGAAGUCCGGAUUGCAUGAUGAUGCAAUUGAAUUUUUUCACCGGUUGUCGGAACAAAAAAAUAUGAGACCUGAUCUGUAUACCCUUACUUCAUUGUUGUCUACAAUUUGUCGGUCUGAACGGUUUGAUCUCUUACCCAAAAUAGUUCGAGCUUGCAGACAUAUAGGUGGUGAUUUAGUAUUCUGCAAUGCUGUUUUAAACUCUUUUAUUAAGUCUGGCCGUUCUUCUUGUGCUCUUGAAUACUAUGAACAUAUGAUUGUUAAAGGUUUUAAGCCGGAUAAAUAUAGUAUUGCUGGGCUACUAAGUGCACUUUGUGCUGAGAGAAGAAUUGAUGAAGCAGUUAAUGUGUAUCGAGGUAGUGCUAUGAUGUAUCACGCGAAUGAUGCUCGCAUCCAUACUGUGUUAACGAGUGGGCUUAUAAAUGCCGGUCAGUAUCACUUGGCUGCCAUUGUUUUUAGAUCAGCAGCAGUCCAGAAAUGUUCGCUUGACAGUGAAGCAUAUGCUGUUGGCAUCCGUGCACAUCUUAGAAGUGGAUUAACUCUAGAGGCCAACACAUUGUUUGACCAGAUGAAGGACAAUGGUCUGGAACCUAAUGUUCAGACAUUUAAUAUGAUUCUUUUCAGUUCAUUUAAAGAAAAAAAUCUUCAAAAGAUUCAACUGUUGCUGAAAGAGAUGAUUGAUUCAAGGAUUGAGUUGGGUGAUAGAAAUUUCUUCAACUUGUGUAAAUUUCGAUGUAGUUGGAAUUUGUUGGCUGAAAUGAGAGAUUUGGGUUUAUUAUCUGCCAAGAUGUUGCAUGCCUUAAGCUGUGGCAGGCAUCCUGAAAGUGUAAAAGCAAAUUACAAUCAUUGUGCUGAAGUUGAUACAGAAUGCAAUCUAGUUCUGGAUUCAUCCAGUUCCGAAGAUAUGUCAGAUGUAGCUGUGUCAGUUGGUUGA